AAUUAUGCUUUUUUUUCUUAAUUUUAAUAUAUGCAUUUAACUUUGACAUAAUCGCUUGUGAGUAAUAUAUUUUUUUCUAUGUAUUUAAUUGUUGCAUGAUCACUUCUUAGUGAUUUGAUUUUUCAACAUUUUACUUCUUCAGUGAUGAGAAGAGACUGCUGAAGAACAUUGCGAAUUUUGUAGCUAAAGUUAUAAACAACGUGCCAUUAGUGGUUGCAAAAUAUCCAGUCGGCCUCAAAGAAAUAGUACAAGACUUUGAGAUGAAUACACUCCAAUCUGCUCAAGGUGAUCACAGUGUGCAAAUCGUGGGAAUUUGGGGCAUGGGUGGUUCCGGUAAAACCACCCUUGCAAAAGAGUUAUACAAUAAAAUGUCCUCUUCAAUGGAGAGGGCCAGUUUUGUGUUUGAUGUUCGAGACGGGGCAGCCAAAGGCUUGUUGUAUAACAAGCAGAUAAAACUCCUCAAUGACCUUGGCGUCCAUGGUGUAGCAUUUGACAAUAUUGAGGAGGGUAUGGGAAUUCUUUCCAGGUAUUUGAGAUCUUUUAGGGUUUUGAUUGUUCUUGAUGAUGUGGAUCAUGUGGAACAAUUGGAUGCUCUACUACCUUUAAAAGACAGUCUUCGAAAUGGUAGUUUCAUCAUUGUCACCACACGGGCAUAUAAUGUUCUUAAAUCUUGGGGAAUCUCUUUUAUAUAUAAAAUGAAACCACUAGAUCCAUUGCAUGCAGAGCAGCUUUUUUGUUGGCAUGCUUUCUUAAAAUCCUGUCCACUAGAUGAAUUCAAGGAACUUGUUGAAAAUUUCUUAAAAGAAUGCAAAGGAUUACCUUUAUCUCUUAAGGUGUUUGGAGGGCAGUUAUAUGGUGAAUCCAGCAAAGAGUAUUGGGAAUCAGAGCUAGAUAAGAUCUCAAGAAUAUUGCCUAAUGAUAUUAAGCAGAGACUCAAAAUAAGUUAUGAUGCCCUUGAUUAUGAAGAAAAAGAGAUGUUCCUUGAUAUUGCAUGUUUCUUCAUAGAAGAAGAGUGUAGCUUGGCAAUUGAAGUAUGGAAUGGGUUGAAGUGGAGUGGUUUGCGUAAUUGGAAAAGGCUCUUGCAUAAGUGUUUGGUUGAGCUUGAUGAUGACAAUCGCAUAAGAAUGCAUGACCACUUAAGAGAUUUGGGAAGGGAGAUUGCAAAUCAACAAUCACCUUACCGACUUUGGUUUCCCCAACAGAUAAUUAAUGUUCAGAAACAAGUAGAGAAAAGAAUCGGUAUUCAAGGAAUAAGGACCACCUCAACUCAAAUACGAUGGAAUAAAUUUGUGGAAGAAGGAAAGCACUGUCCAGUAAUGGCCGAAGUAACUGAUGAGUUUGAUAUUGAUGAAUUUCACGUUUGCUGUUCGCAUGGAGAACUCAUGGUUAACACAAAUGCAGAAUUUGGCCACUCGAUCCCUCUUUAGUUGGACUAAAAUUUUUUGUGAUUAGUGGAGAUUGUUUUAAUCAAGUAAUGGGUGAAGUAUCAAGAGAGUUGCUCUGGCUUCGCUGGUUUCAAAUUGGGCAGAAAAAUCUUCCCUCACAGCUUUCAUUAAAAAAGUUGAGGGUUUUAGAAUUUUAUGAAGGAGAGAGCGGGGAACAUCAUUUGGAAGAGCUGUGGAGUGAUAUUGAUGGUGUGGCACCUGUACAUCUAAGAGAGUUGGUCAUUUCUAAAUGUUACGAAUUUCAAGCAUUUCCAAAUUCAAUAGGCCGUCUUAAUCAUUUGAAAAAGAUAGUAAUCAUAAAAGGCUACAAAGUCAGCAGUCUUCCAGAGGAGUUUUGCCUUCUCCAGUCACUGGAACACCUGGUGUUAUAUAGGUGUAAAAUUCUGUCAUCAUUACCCAGCAAUUUCGGCAAUUUGAGAAAUCUGCGGCAUCUAAGUUUGUACGACUGCGGCAAGUUGAGGAAGUUGCCAGUUUCUUUUAAGAACCUGACUCUCCUGGAUCAUCUCAAUUUAGGAGGGUGUAGUCAACUCAUAUUCACAACAGAGGACUUAAACAUUCUGGAAAACAUGACAAAGCUCGAGUUUUUUAGGGUUUCUGAGUGCGAGCAAUUGGAAGAUUUGCCUCAUCACAUUACAAAUCAGGCAUCCUUGAGAGAGCUCUAUUUAAAUGGUACCAUUGUAAGAAAGCUACCAGUUAACAUUGGUCAAUUCAGCAGGCUGACAGAGAUGAGGAUAGGGAGUUUGUUUUUGACAAGCUUGCCAACCUCUCUUGGAGAUUUGUGUUCCCUGACGACUCUUUCAAUUUGGGGUUGUCCUAAGCUAGAAUGCCUACCUGAUUCUGUGGGGCGUCUUAAUCUUUUGAAGGAAUUAGAUAUACAAUAUGUAGGAGUUAGAUCUCUGCCAAAAUCAGUUACACAACUAAACAAUCUUCAAACACUUAUUAUAUCAAAUUGCCCAAUCAAUGAAUUGGAUUUUGGGGCGGCUUCUUUACCUUUUGGAUUGAGCAACCUGAAGAUGAUAUUUUUCGAAGAAACGGAAGUGUGCAGGGUUUCAAUUUCUGAAGACUGUUGUCCCUGCUUGGAAACUCUCAUACUUCAGAAUCAUCAUCAUUUAAAGGAGAUAGAAGCACUACCAAAAACAAUCCAGUCCAUAUCUAUGAUAAACUGUGAAAUGCUGAAGAACAUUCCAAGUUUUGCACAAUUGACUUCUCUCGAGGGAUUUACACUAGGAGGUUGCUACCAGGUUGAGAAAAUUGAAGGUUUAGAAAAUUGCACAAGAUUGCAAACCUUGAGAGUAGACACUUGCUGGGAGGUGCCCGGUAUAGAGAGCUUGGAGCACAUGGAGCAAUUGACCAGAGUGAAACUCACAACAAACAGGGGAUCAGCUAUUGAACGUUGCAUUCAAACAAUACAGAAAUGGCCAGAUGAAAUAGAAAUAUGUACUCGGGCAGUCCCUGAUGCGGCCUCACUUAUAAACUCUUUACUCUCUCCUAAUAAUCUCGUGGUCAUUGACUCCAUCUCUAACCAGAAAAUUGAGUCCACGCCAAAACUGCUGCAGAAGCAUUCCUGCAAUGGCGAUGCCAUUAUGCUUUGUUUUGUUAUAAAUUGUGUUUCUGCAGAAAUGGCAAUCUGGGCAUCUCACAAUGGAUCUGGAUAUUGUUAUAAGUUGUAUGAGGGUAGAUGGGUAUGGAUAGGUUUCUUCACACAACGCUCCAGUUCCACCUGGUUCACUGCGGAGGAGUUCUCAGUAGAAGGAUCCGGAGGAGAUUGCAAAGAAGAGGACCAAGUGGAGAAAGGUGUGAUUGUGAAAGGGGAAGAGCACACACUAGUGGAGGCGUUUCGCAGCUUGAUGACAAUUCUAUACAGUUGAUACAGUUACCAACGAAAUGUAUUUCCUUGGCAGUAAUUCAAAAUGCAAAAGUGGCAAUAAUUCUAUUUGUGUUAUUGGCAAAUUAAGUAUUUUGAUUUUAUUUUUAAGCGUUUUGUAUAUCAAUCUGAAAUCUUUUUAUUUGAAAGUUAAGAAUCAGGGGUAUCUAUUUUGUCAAA